GACAUGAUCCCUCUUGUUGACAACCUCAUUGAAGACGAGGCGGAGAGGGAGCGCCUUCUUAAUAAGCCGGCUUGCUUCAUAAUUAUUGGAAAGCCCGGAGUGGGGAAGUCUACGCUUGCCAAAAGCCUAGCCCAAUCCUGGAAGUGUGUCCUGAUUGAUGAUACUGAUUUGCUCAAUGAUCAUGUUGUUAAUCAAACAGAACAAGGAUUAAAGAUUUUACAGAUUCUAAAUGAGGGGAAAAGUCUUCCUGAGGAAAUGGUUUUUGAUUUGAUUCUGGACAGACUGCAAUCUCCUGAGGUGGAGCAUUAUGGUUAUGUGUUAAGCUGCCUGCCUUCGAUGUCAGAAGACCACCUGAAGGUGACGGAGCAGAUCGAGCUGAUACGAAACCUGAAGAUGUCACCCGACUUCAUCAUCAACAUUAAGUGUGACGACAAAGAUCUGAUUCGGAGGCUCAGCACACAGAAGCAGCACCCCCAAACCGGUCAGGUCUUCCAGACGGAACAGUGGGACCCCGUCAGAAAGGACACGCCAAAAAAAAAGAGCGAGGGAGAAGAGGAUGAGGAAGAUGAAGAUGAAGAAGAGAUGGAAGAGGAGGAGGAGGAGGGGGUACUUCAGUCGUCUUCAGUGGGCGACAAGGACUUUGAGAAGGAAAUUAUGGCGCAGCUCGUGAGACUGGCGGAGAACUUUCCGGACAACGUGCAGCAAAGGAUUCUUCUGUACAAAGACACCGUUCUCAGACCUGUCGAAAAUUACAUGGUGGACCAUGAUCCCCUGCACGUGUUUGAGCUGGAUGGAAACUGUGACCCUGGGGAGCUGUUUAUGGUGGUGAUGUCACGGCUGGAGGCGAUGGCGGUCAGUCGAGCCGCAGUGCCCCUCCGCCUCCUGCAGAGUGAGGAAGAGGAGGAGUUUCCGGAUGACAUGGAGACGGGGGCGCUGUUGCGGAUGCUCUCGGGCAGCAGGAUGCUGGCGCCCGGGGUGCGGUGGAGACGCAGCCGCUGGGGCCGCACCUGCCCCGUGGCGCUGAAGGAGGGAAAGAUCGCCAAGGGGAAGCCGGAGUUCUCCGUCGGGUUCCUGGACAAGAUCUACGUCCUCUCCUCCCAGGAGGCCUUGCAGAAGUUCUCCCAGAAUCCCCGGCCCUACCUGCUCCCGCCCAUGCCCCGGCCGCCCUGUCGCGCGGCGGUGGUGGGCCCCCCGUCGGCGGGGAAGUCGACGCUCUGCGGCCUGAUCGCGGCUCACUACGGCGCCGCCGUGCUGGACGUGGAGGCGCUGACGAGGCCGGUGGUCGCCAGGGCCCAGGAGGCCGUGCUGGAGAAGGUCCGGGAGGAGGCCACGGCGGCCGCCAUCGAGCGGGUGAAGCUGAAGCUCGACUCGGCGCGCAGAGCAGCGAACGAUGCAAGGAACUUGGAUGAAAAAGGCGAGUCUGGCAAAGUUGAAUCAGACCGGGGAGGUGCAGGAAUGGGAGAAGAUUCAGAUCCAGCUGCACUGUCCCGCAGUGAGGAGAGAGAAGAAGCUUUAGAAUCUCUGUACGGUGAGAGGGUGGAGGAGGAGGUGACGUGGCAGCACCCCGAGGUGCAGGCCAGGGUGAAGGAGGCCCUGACGGAGGCCGAGAAGAACCCCGCCCUGCCUCCACCCAACCUGUGCCUGCAGCUGCUGGAGGAGAGGAUCCAGGAGAUAGAGUCUGCGGCUGCAGACGAGGGCGGGAGGGGUUGGGUGUUAGACGGCUUUCCCAAGGACUGGGCCCAGCUGUCCUCCAUCCAGGACACAGAGGUCAUGCCCGACACCGUGUUCUGCCUGCAGGACACCGACACCGACGGUAAGGUUGUCCUGGGGCGGCUGUACGAGCUCCACAGGGUCGAGGUGGACCUGGCGGUGAGAGACCGGCUGCAGAGGGAGCAGCGGCAGAGGCUGCUGCAGGCACUGGAGGCCAGCAGGUCGGAGUCCAAAGCACCUCCGGUUCUGGUCGGAGACGGUCCGAAAAAACUGGAGGCCGUGCCGGAGGAGGCAGAAGACCUCUCGGCCAGAUCGGACAAUGGCGACGCUAAUGAGGCCGAGGCGGCCGCCGCGGGACUUAAAGUUGAAGAGGUCACACUUCCAGCUGAAUGGGAGGAGGGCUAUCCCGAGGGCCCGGAGAUGGGCGUCUUCAGGCAGCAGAUUAAACAGUUUGAGCUGGACUGGGAGAACAUGGAGACCUCCCUCACCGGAAGAUUCUGCGUCCUGGAAAUAUCUGGAAAAACACCAGAGGAGCUGCUGAGUGAGGUGGUCUUCCACAUGGAGAGGCCUUUUAAGUACGCUGCCUGGGAGAUGACCGGGGUGGACCUGGAUGAGGAAGACGAGGAUGCUCAGGCCACGGCCGGCUGGGGCAGAGAGGAGGAGGAAGAGGAGGAGGAGGAAGAGGAGGAGGAGCAGGAAGCCGAGGCCGUCUCGUCGAAGAGGUUGCUAGGAGACUGUCAGCACUUCUGCCCCGUGGUUCUGGGGGAGAGCGGGGUCCUCGUGCCCGGCACCGACGAGUUCGCCGCCAAGUACAGAGAGAAAUCCUACUACUUCUCCGGCCCCGAGGCCCGGGAGAGGUUUCUGCAGAACCCGGAGGAGUACGUCGCCCACACCCAACCCUUACAGGUUCCGGCUCUGAGGGUGUUCCUCCUGGGCGUCCGCGGGUCCGGGAAAAGCACCCACGGCCGCUGGCUGGCGGAGAAGCUGGGCCUCUUCCACGUCCAGUUCCGCGAGAGGCUCCAGGAGCUGAUCAUGCGGAAGACCCAGGGGCCCGUCCCUCCCCCGGACGACGUGGAGCCCCCGGAGGACCCGCCCGUGGACCCGGAGGCUCUGCGGCCGCCCGAGGCCACAGCGCCCUCUCCUGGCUCGGAGGACUCCAGCAGCCGGCAGAGCAGCCGGCAGGAAUCCGGCACCGAGGAGGUGGAGUUCACGGCCGAGGAGGAGACGAUCAGACUGUACCUGUCUGAGGGGCAGCCCCUGCCCCCUGAGGUCCUGGACAUGGUGCUGCCCCCGUGGUGGGAGGAGGAGCCGUACAGGUCUACGGGCUUCAUCCUGGAGGGCUUCCCGCAGCAGCCCGAGGAGGUGGACUACCUGGCGCAGCGCUGCCUGUUCGCGGACGUGGCGCUGGUGGUUUCCGUGGAGACGGCGGACGUGGUGCAGCGUCUCCUGCCCCCCCGGCUGCAGCGCUGGCGGGAGAGGAGGGACAGGAGGCGGGAACGCCAGCACCUCCUCCGCCAACUCAAAAUCAGCAUCAGGGAGGAAGGAAUAGCCAAGAGAAGAACUGAGCUUUUAGCCGAAUAUGCUGAAAGACAUCUGGCAGAGGAGGUGAAGGAUGAGGAGGAUGAGGAGGAUGAGGAGGAGGAUAGAGAUGAGGAGGCCGACAGGGAGGAGUUCGAGGAAGAGAUGCAGGCCACACUCCAAGAGGAGUUCCCCGAGGAAGAGGAGGAGGAAGAGGAAGAGGAAAUGGAGGCAGAGGCUGUGGAGCGCCUGGAGAUGGAGAUAGGAGAAAGGUUCGAGACCGAUGACAACAACCUCCAGAAGAUGGUGGAGCAGCUCGCCGAGCUGCAGGUUCCCCAGCUGUCGGUCGGCGGCGGGAGGAAGCCUCGGGUGGUCCGCUUCCAGAUGCAGGAGCGGCUGAAGCACCUGGUGGAGGACAGGGAGUCCCUCUUCCAGAAGUGCAAGCCCGUGAACUACAGCCUGGCCCGGAAGCUUCUGCAGCUCUCCUACAAGUACCAUAGUGCCUUCGGGUGCUGGGAUCCGGUGAAGUACGCUGAAGGAGACCUGCUCCAGCCCAUCCCGGCUCCCAGCAGACCCACCUAUCCCCUGCUCCUGCACCAGUUCAUAUAUUUCUUCGCGUCGAAAGAGACGCGCGACAGAUUCGCCCUCAACCCCAUAAAGUAUCUCCGCCAGCCGAAACCCAAGCCGUCCCCACCCAUCAAAAUCGCCAUCAUCGGCCCCCCUAAAUCUGGGAAAACCACAGCUGCCAGGAGGUUUGCGAGCGAAUACGGACUCCAGCGGAUGUCGAUCGGGGACGCCAUGAGGUCCGUGCUGGCCAAUCGGAGCCGGACCGAGCUGGCCAAUCAGAUGCGGAAGUAUCUCUCCCAAGGCCUGGCGGUGCCUGACGAGCUGGCCGUCCAGUGUCUGGACGUGGCCCUGAUGAACCUGGUCUGCUGCACUCGAGGGUUCGUCCUCGACGGUUACCCAAUGACCAGGAAGCAGGCGGACCUGAUGGAGAGCCGCAGCAUUGCACCAAUCAGAGUGCUGGAGCUGCAGCUGGACACCAUAGACGUCCUGAAGAGGGGCCUGGCCGACAAGAUGAAGCUCCCCAGACCCUACCCGCUGCACGACAGCUCCCAGAUCCUCAACAUCCGCAAUUCCGCCUACAAGCGAGAGGUGGCGCCGCUGAGGGAGCACUACCAGCAGCAGUACCAGAACUGGGUUUGCGUGGACGGGCUGAGGAGCAAGUGGUGGGUCGGGAGUAAGGUUCUGGAGGAGUGUCGGAGCAGCAUGAGGCAGAUCGAGACCUUCCUGGAGAAGGUCCAGGCGGGGCGGGCGGCCGGCAUCGACAGGCUGUGCAUCACCCCCAGGGAACUGAAGUGCAAGCUGGGGGAGUUUGGCCAGUAUUGCCCAGUCAGCCUGGCCCUGCACAGCCAGCUGGUGGACUGCUCCCACUCACCCUCCCUGGAGCUGGCUGCAGAGUUCCGCGGACGCUACUACAAAAUGGCUUCCAGGGAGUUCUUGGAGAAAUUUCUGGAGAGCCCAGAGCAGUACACAUUACCAGGGUGCCCCCGUUCUCUCCCUCCCCCUCACCUGCUCCCGAAAAGCCUGACUGGGCCGGAGGUGAAGGCCCGGUUUCCCCGGCAGGUGGAACUGAAGGGAUACUGCCCAGUCACUUACCUGGACGGACAGCAGAGAUAUGAAGCCCUUGUGCGUGGAGACCCUGACUACGUUGCCGAAUACAGGGAGAAGAUCUACAUUUUUGAGAACGAGGAAAAGCAGCAGAAGUUCCUGAGAUCACCGGAGGUCUACUGGGACCAGAAGCUGCCCCAUAAACUCCCUCCAAUGAAGGAGCCUGUGCAGCUGACCUCUCUGCCAAUGCUGGGGUACCUGGAACAGGGUGUAUCCAGAGAGGUCAUAAAGGCAAUGACGGCAGUGGGGUGUUUCAAACCGAAGUUUCCGUACGUCAGCGUGAGAAGAUCAGCUCUGCUUUACCUUGCGUACCAUUUGAAAGCAUUCAAUCCCAGGAGCCCGGACUACAUUCGCAGGAAGUACAAGAAGAAGCUGGACAGGUUUGAGGAAAGCUGUGAACUGAUCGCCUACCUGGGCACAACGAUGACUCAGGCAUACAAAGAGUCUGACGAACUGCCCGUUGACUUUGACGCAAAGCUUCGCGAGUUCCUGGCACUUAAAGACACUACGGCAAACGGUGCUGGGGACCCUUGACAGGAUGUGACUCAUUAAUCUAUCCCAUUGCUCACUGAAAUAUCUUUAUUUACAGCAACAACAGUUUGAAGGCAGAAAUAAAUAUUUUCCCGGGACGCGGAGAUCAGGAAAUAAACG